CCCUCUCCCCGCCAACCCCGGGCGACUGCCGCCGCAGGCCGAGGCCGGGCUAUAAGACGGCAACGCCGGCCGAGCUAAGGACAAUCCGAGAGAGUGAUGUCGGUGAGGAGGGACCGCGGUUCGCGCGCGACCACUGCUUGCUCUGCCGGAGCAGCCGCGAUGCGCCGCCUGGCCGUGGCUGCGGCCGUGGCGCUGUUGUGCUGCGCAUGCGCGGAUGCCGCCGCGGGUACGCGCGGUAGCGCCUGCAAAGGAUCGGGGCCGGCGCUCGAGGAGCUGCUGCGACGUAACUACAGCGAGCACAGCGACGGCAUGUGGAGCUGCGCCGACCGCGGCCCCCACUACCGCGACGCCACGCUCGCCUUCCAGUUCAACUCUCCCGGCCUGGAACUCAUGCACUGCAUCGCCGCGGACAGAGAGGUUUCGGAUUUUUCCAAAGACGAUGUGUACUUCGUCAUGCUGAGCGGCUCCGCGGACUCGCCGUCGCGGUACAAGUGCAAGUUGUGCGACAGCAGGUGGUACACUCUGGAUAGGGACCCGAUGUUGCAGCGGCCGCUGGUGCAGUGCAGAGGCUUCGCCGAGCUGGAGCUGGAGCUGGAAGGGCACCCCGCAGAGGCCGGGACGCGGCUGGACGGCGUCCGCUGCCACACGGCCUGGCGCAAGGGCUGCGACCGCGGCUACACGUGGUGCCACGGCAAGUGCUGCCGCCGCGAAGCGCUCUUCUACUAUCCCCAGCUGCAGCAGCCGAUUGGCACUGGUAGUCUGCUGACUGCACAGAGUGCUGGAUCCCGUGAUGCACCACUGCUGCACCGUCUGACAAAGGCGGCAAAGACAGCUGACACUGCCUGCUGACUGCUGACUGGUACUGCUGGGAGCCUGUAGGCUGCUGGACCUUGUGAGGCUCCCCUGCCGCGCCUAAUGGCAGUGGCUCUGUAGGCUGCUGGCCCAUAGGAGGCACUGUUGCAGCACCUGCAGACAAUGGCAGCACAGGCUGCUGUCACUGACUGCUGACUGCUGCUGCUGCUGAGUGCUGACAACAUAGAGAGCCAGCCCACAGAAGUCGCCAAUGAUGAGCCUGCUAUUACUAUAAAUAAAAUGUCGCAAUUCCUUAUCUGUGAACAUGAUGUAGUUUGGCUGCAUGCAUGAAAAUGGAAUGACUGGCGGACGUAUCUGUAUCAACAUUCCAUCGUAAAUAAAGUUGACUGUAUAUUGUGUCCUGUACAGCUGUGGUUCAGUGUUGCAGUAUCUAUGAGUUAUAGCGAAGUACUAAACUGUUUUUUACUGAAGUUAAUAAAAGACAGGAAAACAUACCA